AUGGCGGAAGCGGCGGUUAUUUGCCAGCUUACGGUCACAUUCUUUGCGGCAUCGUCACAGCUCGGAUUUUACUAUGUCACUGGAACUGAGAUGCAGUGGGAUAAUGCUAGAAAUGUCGCCUCCGAUCCGGCUGCAAUACGGAUAAUGCUGAGUGGACUGCUUCAAGUCUCCGUCUCAGGGAUGGUUCUUUUGCUCUUGAGCUGGAUCUUAACGCCGUUGCUCUACAACAAAGUUGGGUAUUGGAUGUCCGCAGUAUGGAGGAUGUUCACAGGCCCAAAAUGGGACAUGAUGCUGCCAACGGUGCGAGGCCAACAUGAUCAGCCGCAGAAAGGAGGUAUCAGAGUCAAGCCCGUGUGCUUGAUAGUAAUAUUCACAACGAUGGUACUGUUGCUGCUGGUCCGGCCAUCAACGCCGUACGGAUUUAUGUCAACAACCAUCCCGGUAGCCAUGCUCAAGAUGUUUUCGCGGCCACACUCACAUUCGCAAUCGUUCUCGAGCCCAGAUGGAUGUUCAUCUCACGUCGAGGCCUUCCCACUGUCCAACCUCACCUCGUCAGAGCACUGGGAGCAGCCAAACGGUGACUUCAAGGGCUGGGCACCGAGUGCUGAUAACGACUUGGUUGAACGUUAUCGUAGCCGGCGUCCAGCGUGGCUCCCUGCUACUCUCCCUGAUGGAUUCUUUCGUUGGGCCAACAAGUCACAGUCUGCUGAUAUAAACUCUACAUCGGACUGUUCUAAAAACGGCUCUUCUACCUAUUACUAUAACCCUGUUGCGGACCCCAUGCGUAUUACCAACUUGGAUCUUGGGGUGUACAAAGGCCUGGAGGAAGCUUUCAAGGACGAGUCUGUCCGUAUCACUCAUGUUGUGCUGGUCACCAUGGAAAGCGCCCGUAAAGACCUGUUCCCUAUGCGUGAAGGAUCGUUUCUUCACAAAUCUGUUCUAGAAUCUAAUGAUGAAAAGGAGAGGGAAGAGAAGAAUAAACUGCUCUCACAAAUGACUCCCGUUGCCCACCAGAUUACCGGGGAGGGUUUCUGGAGUCAGCCCAAGUUUAAUCAAUCUGCCUUUGGAAUACCGGAUGGUGUAUGGAAAGAUCCAGCUGCCGAAGGAAUGGGAGGUUUAAACGUCAUGGGUGCCGUCACUGGGAGCACACUAUCGGCCAAAAGUUUUCUAGGCAGUCAUUGCGGAGUCCAUCCUCUGCCAGUUGAUUUCCUGGAAGAAGUCACCACCAAGGUAUACCAGCCAUGCAUCCCGCAUAUACUUAAUCUAUUUAAUCAGGCCAAAGAUGGCCUUGAGGCGAGAGCCAACAAGAAUAAUUCAAACGGCGAACCACCAAGUGUCACGAAGCGGAAAUGGAAGUCUAUGUUCAUACAGGCGUCAACUGAUGGGUACGAUAGGCAAGACCAGUUGAACGAGCAGCUUGGGUUGUCAAAUGUCAUUGUGAAGGAGACUCUGUCUGACCCAUCAUCAAAGUACUAUCCUCCUAAGCAACCUGUGCUGAAUUAUUUCGGUACCACUCAUCACCCAUGGAAACUUCCAUAUGAAUUCGACCGGGAGAAAUAUACUGGCUCGAAAGGAAAGGCGGACCAUGAGCAUUUGAACGCUUAUUUAAAUACCGUUCGAUACGAUGACGCCUGGCUGGGCCAGAUCCUGGGUAUCCUGGACGAAAAGGGUAUUGCCAACGAGACCUUGGUCGUUGUUUUGGGAGACCACGGACAAGCAUUUGAGGAAGAUUCGCCAGUUCAGGGAACAUAUAACAAUGGCCACAUCAGCAACUUCCGUGUCCCAAUCAUCUUCCGCCAUCCACUUCUCCCUCGUAUCAACAUCGAAGCAAACGCAACCUCGAUGAGCGUCCUGCCUACUAUUCUUGACCUUCUCGUGAACUCCAAAUCGCUUGAUGCUCAUGACACUUCCAUAGCCCAAGAUCUCAUCCAUGACUACCAGGGCCAAUCACUCAUACGCCCCUUCAAACCAAAAUACAAGGGUCGCCAAUCCUGGAACAUCGCAAUCAUCAAUGCAGGCGGGAAGAUGAUCUCGGUAUCCUCUGCAGCAACACCCUGGCGCGUUGUGAUACCUCUCGACGAUGAGUCGCAGUAUGUCUUCAGCGACCUAAACACCGAUCCAAAUGAACUUGAUACACUGAGUGCAUGGAAGGUCAGCUACCUUCUCCCCGCUGUGAAGUCCAAGCACGGCGUGGAUGCCAAACAGUGGCUCAAGGAUGCAGAUGAAGUCGCCCACUGGUGGGUGAAGGAGAUGCAUCACCUCUGGAAUUAUCACGAAGAUUCUGAUUGA